UAAGAAACACACAUACACAGCCUCUCUCUCCCUAUCUAUCUUUCCUCGCUUCUGAUCAGAGUGAUCACGUACGGUACCGUGAAAGAGAAGAAAGAAAAAAAUGGGAAUCCUUUUUGAAGAAACCUUGAGCUCUAACCCCCAAACCCAAAUUGUUAUUGAUGAUGAUGAUAAUGAGUUGGGAUUGAUGGCCGUGAGACUAGCCAAUGCUGCAGCCUUUCCAAUGGUUCUCAAAGCUUCCCUCGAGCUCGGUGUCUUUGACACUCUCUAUGCCGCCUCUGAGUUCCUCUCACCUUCCGAGAUAUCGAGCCGGCUACCAACCACACCUCGCAACCCUGGGGCGCCGGUUUUGUUAGAUCGUAUGCUUCGUCUACUCGCUAGCUACUCCAUGGUCAAGUGCGGUACGGUCCAAGCCGGAAAGGGCGAGAGGGUCUACAAAGCCGAGCCGAUUUGCAGGUUUUUCCUGAAGGAUAACAUUCAAGAUAUUGGAUCGCUUGCUUCUCAAGUCAUUGUCAAUUUCGACAGCGUCUUCCUUAAUACCUGGGCACAAUUGAAAGAUGUCGUGCUAGAGGGAGGAGAUGCAUUUGGCCGUGCACAUGGUGGCAUGAAACUAUUCGACUAUAUGGGUACAGAUGAGAGAUUCAGCAAGCUCUUUAACCAAACCGGAUUCACAAUCGCCGUCGUGAAGAAGGCUCUAGAAGUCUACGAAGGCUUCAAAGGUGUGAAUGUUUUGGUUGAUGUUGGAGGUGGAGUUGGUAAUACUCUUGGUGUUGUGACUUCUAAGUAUCCCGAAAUUAAAGGUAUCAAUUUUGAUCUGCCCUGUGCCUUGGCACAAGCACCUUCUUACCACGGGGUGGAACAUGUCGCCGGAGAUAUGUUUGUGGAUGUCCCAGCAGGAGAUGCCAUGAUCUUGAAACGUAUACUUCAUGAUUGGACUGACGAAGACUGUGUGAAGAUUCUUAAGAAUUGUUGGAAAUCACUACCAAAGAAUGGUAAAGUUGUUGUCAUAGAAUUAGUCACUCCUGAUGAUGCGGAGAAUGGAGACAUUAACGCAAACAUUGCAUUUGACAUGGACAUGUUAAUGUUCACCCAAUGUUCUGGUGGCAAAGAGAGGUCAAGAGCUGAGUUUGAAGCUUUGGCUGCAUCUUCCGGAUUCACCCAUUGCAAGUUCGUUUGCCGCGCUUAUCACUGUUGGAUUAUUGAAUUCUGUAAAGAAACUGUUUAAAAUAUAAAGCUAAAUCCUGAUAAUGUCGUUGAUAUCAUCUUUGUUUUCAAUUCUUUGUCUGAAAUGACCAUAUACCUCUCUCUUUGUCUUGGAGCAAUUUUUAAUAAAAAUAAGCUUUUAUUAUAUU